AUGGUGAUGUCUCAGGAAUGUUGCAUAACUUCACAUGGAUGCUACAUUGCUGCUGGAGUUUUUGAAUGGAUUGGAACAUUUCUUGCUGCUUUUGUCCUUUGCCAACAACGACAAGAAAUCAUGCGAAAAUCAUCGAUUCCGACGAAUUACUUUAAGGACUAUUUGACGGCUCUCUGUUGCUACUGCUGCGUCCUGGUUCAACACGAACGUCAUGUGCGAUCUGCCGCAUAUCAGAGAUAG